UGAUUGGCUGUUGCGGUAACGAGGGUGUGAUGUCACUGGGAAGCGCCGAACUCUAGUUUGUAAAGUUUUAUGUAGCGCUAAUGGGCUGACGGCUGAUGGACAAAAGUGAGUUUCUGCCUCAUUAGCCGCCUCGAUAACAGAUGGAUGACAUCAAUGUACUACACCACAGAUGCCUCCUGAAUCUGAGGCGUCGAAUCAGAGACAUCGGGGAUGGGCGCCCUGCACAGGAACGAUACAUGAGGCUGCAGAAGGACGGAGACACUCUCAGUUACCAAGGGAACUCUGAAGAGGUGGGUUGCUAUGUGGCUGGCCAUCCUUUAUCAAAGGGAAAUUGUUACUUCGAGGUGACGAUAGUGGACACAGGGGUGAGGGGGACCAUUGCUGUGGGCCUGGUGCCUAAAUUCUACAGGCUGGACCACCAGCCUGGCUGGCUGCCAUACUCUGUAGCUUACCACGCUGACAACGGCAAGUUGUACAAUGGCAACCCUGUGGGGCAGCAGUUUGGGCCAAAAUGUGCUCGUGGCGACCGCAUCGGCUGUGGAAUCCAUUCAGAAAACAUCGAAGCAGGUUUUACAACGGUCUUUUUCACCAAAAACGGCAAAGAGGUGGGUUCAGUGGAGGUUCCUGUGUUGGCGGAGGGGCUGUUCCCCGCCGUAGGGAUGCACUCCAUGGGGGAGGAGGUGAAGGUUGACCUGCAGGCUGAGUGGUUCCUGGAGGAGGACGAUAGCAUGAUGAUGGUUGACAGCCAUGAAGAUGACUGGGGUCGGCUUCAUGACGUCAGAGUCAGCGGCACGCUCUUGGAGUAUGUUGGCAAAGGAAAGAGCAUCAUGGACGUUGGUUUGGCCCAGGCCCGUCAGCCACUCACCACCCGCUGCCACUAUUAUGAAGUGGAGAUCGUUGAUGCUGGGGAGAAGUGCUACAUCGCCCUGGGCCUGGCGAGAAGGGACUAUCCCAGGAACAGACACCCAGGAUGGAGCAGAGGCUCGGUCGCCUAUCAUGCAGAUGAUGGGAAGAUCUUUCAUGGCAGCGGGGUCGGAGACGCUUUUGGUCCUCGCUGCUUCAAAGGCGACAUCAUGGGCUGCGGCAUCAUGUUCCCACGAGACUACAUCCUGGAUGGAGAAGGUGACACGGACGACUGGGAACGGCUGGAGGUCCGUCCGGGUCACGCGGGCAGCGUCCAGAACGUUCUGUACCUCAACGAGGAGGAGGAGGAGGAGGAGGAGGAUGAAGAGGAAGACGGGGAAGAGGUAGACCCGGGACAGGAGGGAAGGAAGGUCACGGUGUUCUUCACAAGGAACGGGAAGCUGAUGGGCCGGAGGGAGAUGGCGGUUCCUCCCGGUGGCCUCUACCCCACCGUGGGGAUGCUGAGCAGCGGGGAGAAGGUGAAGGUGGAUUUACAUCCUCUCAGUGGAUGAGCUGAGGAGUCUGCACUCAAACUUGGAUGUGAUGCCCUGCAAAAAAAAACAAAAAACAAAAAACAGCUGGCUGCACUGUAGAGCUCACCCACAGUAGCCUAGCAUGCUGCUAACACUCGCCAGAACACACUCAGUUCAGCCGCACACGUGCACAUCGCCGCCGUCUUCCUCAACACUACCACGACUUUUAUUUAUAAGACUUCAUUUCACAAUCGUCACAGGGAAAAAAACACAACCGGGGCCCUCCUCCUUGGUUGUGAAGUAGCAGAGAGGGGAAGACCCUACGUGGUGGUGGGCUGUGUAGGGCUGCAGCGUGCAAAGUGCAGGAGUAGACGACUCCUGCAUAACCGUUAAUUCUAUGCAAUCUGUACCGCUGUCAUCCUCGUCAUCUAACCUCCCUCUGCAUGCAGUGUGUCUCUGAAACACUGAGCUGUUAAAUCCCGCUCAUGAGGUCUGGCACAUGUUUAUUUCAUUUGUCACGACCCCUAAGCAAAGUAGAGCGAGGCCAACAGUUGUGCCGAGUCAGAGCUUGUUGGCACUUUAUGUUUCAGGGAAUAGACCCUCUCUCUCUCUCUUUCUCUUUCCCAACCUCCCUCUCCCUGGGUGAGGCUGCCCUCCUGUGAGCGAUCAGGGACCUGCUGUUGCCCCACCUCGCUCACUGCUCUCCUGGAGCUGGCUGGAAGCUGGAAGCAGUGGAUCUGUUUCACUAUGCUCUGGAUCCGUUUAUUGCAGAGGGUUAUUAUUAUUACAAGUUGGGUAAUCACAGCCAAACAAAUCAGAUAUUUCUCCCCAAGAGUGGAUGAAUAGAUCUGUAGUUUCAUUGUUGGAGCCAGAGUAAAAUGAAUGUGUCAGGUAUAUUUUCUACAAGAAAUCUGCAAAAUAUACAUUUAAAUUUAUCAUCUACAUCAAAAAGUUCAGGGAAUGUGUUUUUGUUUAUGCACUUUGAGAACGUGAAAUUGAGGCUGGGGAGAUUUUUAAAGGAAGACAUGCAUACAGUGGGUGGAAACACCUUCCAGUAUAACACAAUCCAGUAACAUCACAACAACAACUACAGCCAUAAAAAUAACCUUUGUGACCAGUAAACACCUCUGAAAGUAAAACUUACCUUUGCAAACCUCACACAGAAGCAUCAGAUUCAGGGCUAUUGAAUUGGAUUGCAUCAUACUGUAACGUGUCAGGUUUAACUCACUCAUGUUUGCCCCUCCAUAUGGAGUUAAAUUUUCUUUUUUCCCUUCAUUUAAUCCAUAAACUAAGAAUGAUGUGAGAUUAAAAGAUGCUAAAGAGCCAAGAGACUGAAAAUAUCUGCUCCAAAUAAUUUUCAUGCUUUUCCAGUCAGAAGGUAACUUCCUUUCUGUGAUGCCAUAUGUGAUGUAGAAUUAACUGCUGGAUGUUUUAUUUGUUGUUUUGAAGAUGAAGACAAUUAUUUUUGGUUGCUGCAUGUGGUUUUACAACAAAAAGUGUGUGUGAGUGGCCAUUAAGCAAUUUGUGAUGUGUUUGUGUUUUGUCUGUGCAGCGUUCGACAGCAGCACCAGGGGCCUGUAUCACAAAGUGAGAUUAGUGGGGUUAUCCAGAUAUCUUUGGGUUUAACUCAGGUUUUCUGGAAUCACAUAGCUGGUUUCAGCUAUUUAACCGGGGUAGAUCAACACGGUCGCCUCAUGUUGAGUCAAACACGGCCAAUUAGAUCACUGAAUCAUUCCUUCUGAAUCUAAACAUAGUCAAAAGUGAUGAGUUGAUGCUAGAUACAAAUUGCAUUUUAGAGAUCAUUGUUUACAUGAUGAUUGUGUCAAUAAAUAGAAGAAACUUUUUUGCAAAAACAUAGGUUGAUUUGUUUGGUAAAUGAUUGAUAGGGACAAAAAUCUUUGGAAUUGGUGCAGUACUGACAAGAACAGUGCAUCUGGCUGUUCUCUGUGGUUGGGUAAAACCUGGUGCCUACAUUACCCACAAUGCAACUUGACCAUUGACUGUUCAUUCAGGUGUAAUCUCAGAUUAGGAGUGGGCUACAGAGAUAACCUAAUUUCUUUCAAACUGCAACCCUUGAGAUAUUUUUGUUCAUUUUCAAACUUUUACUGUUUUUCUUCUAAUUUUUACUGUUCGGUUCCUGUUUGAAAUCAGUAGUCUAUCUUGUUUCCUCUGUCCAUGACCAUUUCACCACCUUAACUACGUCUUUAUUAUUGUAACCAUGACAACAAAGGUCCUCCAAUCUUACAAAACAACGUAUUUUAAUCCAAAACACAAUCUUUUCCUAAACCUAACCAAGUAGUUUUUGUCCCCAAGCCUAACCAAGCCAGGACUGUUUCAUGAGCUUAACUGUGUGGUUAUUAUGAUAACCGUGGCAACGAAGUUCCGGAAUGCUGCUGCCGGUAGCCUCAGAGUGUCUAUUAUUGUAACCAUGGCGACGAAGUUCCGGAAUGCUGCUGCCAGUGCACUCAGAGUGUUAAUUACUGUAACCUUGACAACGCUAUUUCAUGUGAUGCUCUUGUGGGUCAUAUCAGAGGGUGGGGACAAACGUUCUGUGUGGUUGUUCAGGUUGGAGGACUCAUGUUAAUUCAUUUGAGUUCCCCUCUAACAACUCUGGAUCAGUAAAUAACGGUAAUCUAGGCUCAGUUAAACAGUUGGACCUAAGUUUAACUUUUCUUUGUGAUACAGGCCCCAGAACUAAAGCAAUCUGUGCAGGUGAAUGAGAAAUACUGUUGUGGUUUGUCAUAUUGUGUUAGUGGGAGCUGGUUUCCACACUUUUUUUCUUCUGUUAGAUUUAAGGGAAUGAUUUCAACAUUAUUAUUAUUAUAAUUAUUAUGUAUCAGCUAAAUCGGUUAACCAAAAUCUUCAUAGAAUUGGUUUCCUCUGCAUCCUCACAUCUGUAAUUGUCCCUGUAACUUCAGCGUACAUUCCUCUGUACCUUCCUAUAAGGUGCAUACCGCAGGUUUUGUAUUGUUUUUUUGGCAUGUAGAAGAACUACAUCAUGUAUACACUAGGAUACUGCUGACAGUAAUGCUAAAGAUAUAACAUGCUGUAAAAUUAUGACACAGGGUUUAACUGUUAAAUCACAUAUCUGCUGGAGAUUGUAUGUUUAUUUUUAGCUGUCGUCGUGCAUUUGUUUUAGAGCCGUGUAAAAUAUGUAAAUCAAGUGAAGUUUUUCUUCUCCUGCAGGGCUGGAUAGAGACUUACGUACAGGCUGUUGUAGCCUGAAUUGUUUAAGCUAGGCAGUGCAAAGAUAUUAAUGAGACACUGAUGUGGACAUUUCAGCCACGUCAAAGUUCAGGGUAUUAAAGUCACUUAUAUUUAAGUUUACUCAGAAUCUCAGUUUACAAAAAUAAAUUUACACCUUUCAACCAAAUUAGAGCUAAAUCUGGUUUCAAUUUUUGUAGCGUCUCCAAACGUACUCACCAAGAACUCCUGUAAUAAUAAUCCCUUGCCUUGUUCACUUGCACUGUAAUGACCUUGUUCAGUACAUGUAUGAUAUCAAUAAAGGUUUCAUUAAUGUAACAAA